GGGGACAGGGAGCAGGGGACCCCGGGAGCCGCGAGAAGCCGCCGCCAGGGGCGGGGUGCGGGCAGUUUGGAGACUGGGGGCGCUGUCGGAGGGAGGGAGAAAGGGAGGGAGCGGGGGUGGGGCGCACAGACGAUUCCAACAGGAGACUGGAAGAGAUUUUGAAAGGUCAUCUCGUCCUUCCCCCAGCCUCCAAGCAGCACUGCCCCUCCCACCCUAAACCCGGACAUACCAGGGAAGGAGUUGGCUCUGCCGCUCUUUCUGCCCCAACAUGCACAGACUCGGGAAGUUCUUCCUGGGGUUUUAUCUCAAAGCCUCUCCCUUACAAUUUCUGUCUCUCUUUGGGGGGAGGAGGAGGGGCGAUUAUAGACAUAGUUAAUGUCGGCCGUAUAAGAAACAUUAUUAAAGUUACUCUUCGGUCCUUUCUGUUCUUUAUAAACAAUUCCCUCUCCUUCCUCUAGAAUUCUAUUUUCCAUUCCUCAAGUCACUUUAAUGGCUCUUCAAUACAACAAAUAUUUACUGAGUGCUUACUAAGUACCAGGCACUGUACUCAGCGCUGUAGGGGAUCCACAGAGGAGAAGGAUGUGCUACCUUCCUUCCAGGAGAUUGUAGUCUAGACGGAGGCUACAAACUUGAGAAGUUUGUCCGUCUGCUCUGAGCUACCAAGCUCCUCAGCAGUCCUAGGAUCCAUCUGUGUCCCAACCUUUUGGAGUAGCUGCUUCAGACUAGGAAGCACCCAGCUCUUGUGGUCAAGGGCCCCAUGGAGGAGAGAACUGGACAGCGAGAGGAGGAGAGAUGCAGCCUCCGUCUGAAAAAGCUGCAGCACUGGGCAAGGCACAGGCAGAGUGGGCACCUCUUGGUGCUGGCGGUGAGUCAGCUAUGGCUGGCGUUGACUGUGGUGCCCUUUGCUGUCGCCGUUGCCUGCCUGAACUCUGAUUGUCACAUGGCCACAGCACUACCUCUUGGGCCUGGGGCCUCAGGUCUCCUCACUGGGAUUGUCACCCUUGAGCUUCACAGAGCACCCAGUCUCUGGAAGGUGCGGGCCAUGAUGAUAUUCAACACCUUCAACCUCAUCUUGGGUUUCAUCGUGGUGGUGGUCGAGGUGAUGAAGACAGCCUUGGGGUCGGCCCCAACUGCACCCUCCCAGCUGGCUGGCUUGCUGGUGCUGGAGCUCAGCGCUGAGGCCUUCACCCUAGCGGGAGUGCUGAUCUCAGUGUAUGCCCUAUUCCUGCUGAGCCAGAGGAAGCCAGGAUGCUGCAGGAGCCAGAGUCUGCACUACCAGGAGCUGCAGGAGGGCCUCUCUGAGUUGGAGGAGGUUCCUGGUUUGGAGAGCAGUCCCACGGUGGCCAGCACAGGAAACUGAACAAGUGAGAGAGUGGGCAAGGGGGAGCAGACAGCUGUUGAUCUCCUGCUACCCUGAGGGAGCGCUCUCCAGACAUUCCUGCAUCCCAGCCUACCGAACUCAGAAGCUAGCUGGACUCCCUUGAUAACUACAUGCUAUCUGGCGGGGAGCCUUCAGUCCUUACUCAGAGCGGGCCCCUUUCCUUACCCGUCCCCGCUAGGGGAAAAUAUACCUGCACGACAGUCCUCCCUCACCUCACCUCCCUGAAAAGCUGCUUCCUCCCUUGCAUCCCUAUGCCCCCUCCCCGCUGCCUUUCCAUACAGCUUCACAUCUGCUUUAUCUCACUAUUCUCUUCUGUCCACCUUUCACAAUUCCAUUCACUCCAAGCCCCGGUUCCCACACACGCCAACUCUGAAUCCAAUUCAGGGAUGCUCCAGUUUCUCCUUCGAUCCAGUCCCUUUCUACUCUAGCGGAGACUACAAGUCCCAGGACACCCCGCUACCCCGUGACCUGCUGGGAAAUAAAGAGCCUUCCCCCCGCGGUGGGGGCGCUGUGCAUCU